AUGAGCUCAAAGUCCAUCCCCCAAGUCGUAGUCAAAGAUGACGCCUUCCGCGACCCCUCCAACACCGACUUCCGCCCCACCCACAGCAUCCCAAAAGGCGGCCUCUUCUCCAUCUACCGCGAGAUCGAAAUUGCCGCCCCAGUCCAAUCCGUCUGCGACGUCCUCCUCGACGUCCGCAAAUGGAAAGACUGGACCGCCUUCUACGGCGACGUGACCAUAACCUCGCACCCGCACUCUCACCAGCGGGACCUCACGAUGGUGCCGGGAACGAACAUGGACUUCAACAUUCAGAUGAAGCCCGGGUCAGGGGAGGAGAAGAACAAACUCCACGUCACAUGCUCACACGUCGGUCGCGUGCGGACGCUAGAGGAUCAUGAUCCGCCGGCCCUUACACACAUAAGAUGGACGUAUCAUAAUGCAGGACAUAUGCAGCCGGCGUUUGUGCUGAAGGCGGAGCGGGAGAACGAGAUGGAGGAUUUGGGCGGGGGGAGGACGAUGUAUCGGACUUGGCAGAGUUUUGGCGGGUUGGCGGCUAAGAGUUAUCGGAAGAAGUACGAGGCGAGUUUGAAGGAGAGGUUUGCGGAGUGGUGUGCAGACUUGAAGGGAAGGGUGGAGGAGGUGCAUGGGGCGGCACACAACACGUCUGGGAAGGACGGUGGGAUUCCUGAAGUUGUCGUUGAGGCGGCGGAGAGCAGAUGA